AUGGCGCAUGUUUUAGUUGAGCAUUCAGUUGGAUACUUACUUGUGCAAGAAAACGGGCUAGACUCAGUUACUUUAAAAGAGAUUCUUAAGAACGCAAAGACGCUUGGUGACUUUAAGAAGGCAUUUAAACUCUGCGGGACAUUAGUCUAUUCAGACCCACAGGACGCCCUUGAGCAAUUGGAGGCAUCUUCUGAGGGAAGAGUCACACCAAAGCUGAAGGAGUUCCUGCAAAUAAACGACGUGAAAGUGCUGGCUGCAGAUAAAGUGUACGCUCAGGCAAUGAAGGACAUAGGAAUAAAGCUGCUUGACGAGGAGAGCUCGACUGAGUUGAUCAGGGCGCUUAGAAAGAAUGCAGACAGUCUGUUUUCUGUUGAGUUCAGCAAAGUGCAGAGGUCCCAAGUGAGUCUGGCACAUGCAAACUCCAGAAAGAAAAUUCAGUAUGACACAGCAAGAGAGGACCAUGCAGUUAUGCAGUGCAUUUCCAUGCUUGAUGAUAUGACAGUGGCCACAAAUGACUACUUCAUGCGAAUUAAGGAGAUGUACUCCUGGCACUUCCCAGAGCUCAUCACAAUAUGCAAGGAGCAGAUGCAGUAUUUAGAAGCAGUCAAUGUGGUAGGUAACAGAAACACCGCAAAUAGAGAAGAAGUGCUAAAGCUGGAAAAUGGCCCAGCCAUAGUAGAAGCCAUGGAUAGCACAAUCGGGGGAGAUCUUAUAGAAGAAGACUUUACCAUGAUCAUGGAGCUCUCUGGUGUUGUCAUGGAGAAGAUCGAGCUAUACACGCAUGCCAUGCAGCACCUAGAGAAGAGGCUCUCUACAGUUGCACCAAAUCUAACAGCACUUGUUGGAAAGAUGGUGGCAGCCCGCCUUAUCCUCAAAGCAGGAGGACUUAGCAAGCUAGCACUCUGCCCAUCCUCAACUAUUCAGGUUCUGGGUGCAGAGAAGGCCCUCUUUAGAGCUAUGAAGAGCAAGUCAAAGACCCCUAAGUAUGGGCUUAUUUUCAACUCGUCCUUUGUAAACUCAACUGCUCCCAGAAUGCGCGGAAGAGUCAGCAGAUAUCUCAGCUCCAAGUGCGCAAUUGCCAGCCGUAUUGACUGCUACUCUGACAGAGUAACCGAUGCAUACGGAGUCGCCAUGAAGACCAUGGUUGAGGAGAGAACAAAAGGCAGAAGCACCCACCAUAUGCCCACAGACACUGUUCUGCAGAAAGUGUCUGAAGCACUCAGCAAGGAGGAGGCCAGCAACUAA